AUGCAAGGAUUGAAAAUCACCAACCUGCACACAACGAUUUAUCAUCCGGAGAGUAAUCCAGUAGAGAGGGCAAAUCGGGAAAUUGGCCGCCUACUAAGAACCUACUGUCAUAAGCAACAUACAAAUUGGUUAAAAUGGUUAGAUAAUGUAGAAUACUGGAUCAACCACACUACCCAUACAACCACUGGUUAUACACCAAACUAUAUAAUGUUUGGGGAGAAAACCAAGUUAUCAAUAAGCAAAUUGGUAGUUUUUCCUAAACACGAGGACCUGAAGAAACCCCCCGACAUUAUACAGAUUGUAAUGAAACGGUCAAAAAAGCAAGCUGAUCUGCGAAACGCAUACAAAGACAGAGAUAAACGAUUCCCUCAGUAUAACGUGGGCGAUCAGAUCCUGAUCAAAGAACAUAGGUUAUCCUCCGCUGAGGAUAAGGAGACCCAUAAAUUAUUCCUGAUCUACCACGGACCAUACCAAAUACAAGCAGUACAUAAUAAUAACACGGUAACUAUCCAAAUCAAUGGAAGUCAUCGAACCAUCAACUUCAAAAACAUCAAGAGAUACUACAAACCCGUGAGCGGAGUAUCUCAAACAAAUAAUUAA